GCUCGCUCUCAGCGUGACACUGAACAGAUCUCUAGGGAUGGACCUCUUGAAAUUGGCUUCCCAGUUCCUGUGAAGGAGGUAACACCGCUUCAUGCAUUGCCAGCAUCUACAACAGGAAAAAAAGAGCCACAAGGCAUCUCCUGGGAGACUCCAGUGGAGGGCACAAUGAAGGGGGAGUCUCUGAUAGAGUCAGACUUGGGAGAACAACCCCAGGAGCAGCAAAAGCACCAAGUGCAGCUAAAACUAACCAUUGAAGAUUUUGUCCUGCACAAGAUGCUGGGGAAGGGCAGUUUUGGCAAGGUGUUCCUUGCUGAGCUGAAAAGCACAGACCAGUAUUUUGCCGUGAAAGCCCUGAAGAAGGAUGUGGUGCUGAUGGAUGAUGACGUUGAAUGUACGAUGGUGGAGAAAAGAGUCCUCUCCUUAGCUUGGGAGCACCCAUUCCUGACUCACGUCUUCUGUACGUUCCAGACCAAGGAAAACCUCUUUUUUGUGAUGGAAUACCUCAAUGGAGGAGACCUCAUGUUCCAUAUCCAGAGUUGUCAUAAGUUCGACCUUCCCAGAGCAACGUUUUAUGCUGCUGAAAUCAUAUGUGGGCUCCAGUUCCUCCAUUCCAAGGGCAUAAUAUACAGAGAUUUGAAGCUAGACAAUGUCCUCUUGGACAAUGAGGGGCACAUCAAAAUUGCUGACUUUGGGAUGUGCAAGGAGAACAUGUUUGGAGAUGCGAAGACAAGUACUUUCUGUGGUACUCCUGACUAUAUUGCUCCUGAGGUAAGUGUGGGGUCCAGGGAUGUCAAUCCUUUGCCCUUCCCCUUAUUUCUUUCCAUUUUUUCACAGACAGAAAUUUGUUUUGUUUUGUUUUGUUUUUUCCCUAGUAAAUGUAGAUAUCUUGGACUAGAUCACUCCAGAAAAAAGUCCCUCAACCUGGUGACACAAUGA